UGUGUAGAAACCAGAUGCUUUUUUUGUGGUAACUUAUAUCCAAUGGUAAACGCCAACGGUAUGAGGCGUUUUUUUGGUAACUUAUGACUGCUAAACGGAGAAGAAAGGGUUAAUAAUAUGACGUAAAGGAAAAGGCAGGAAGUAGACAGUGUCAAUCUGACACCGGGGAGGAUUUGCUACCCCCGUCAGUGUUGAAUCUGGCUCUAACAGAUGUUGGUCUCCCGUCUGUGGCCUGUUAGACACUCUGGAUGGGAUGUCGAGCUGUGUGUGUAAGCGAGUCCUCUCUCAGGUGCGGAGCUGCAGCACACUGGUCCUCCCUGUCUCCUCCAGUCAUACUGUUCUCCACAGACGUCUGCCGUCUCUCCUCUCCUCCUCUUCCUUCUCUUCCUCCUCCCACUCCCCCUGGCCCCGGCCAGUGCAGCCGGUGCGCCCCCUCUCUUCCCACACGCAUGGAGGCUCUGACGAGGACGACUAUGGCCUCGCUUCCUCCAGCUUCCAGGUGGGCCGGCUGCAGAUCGACAGCGUCCUGCGCGCCAACGAGCAGUCGGUGCGCAUUCCGGAGUUCGACGGGCGUGGCGGCCCGAGCCCCGUGCUGAAGUUUGAGAGCAACCAGCUGGGCGCCAACGCGCCCCUGGAGGACCGGCGCUGCGCCGCCACCUGCCUGCGCACUCGAGGCAUGCUCUUCGGCGUCUUCGAUGGCCAUGGGGGCCACGCCUGCGCCCAGGCCGUCAGCGAGCGCCUGCCUUACUACGUCGCCACGGCGAUGAUGCCUGAGGCCAGCCUGGAGGACCUAGAGGUCGCCAUGGAGACGGGCCGCCCCGUGCCCCCCAUCCUGCAGUGGUACAAGCACCACAACGACUACAACUACCGGGAGUCGGCAGAGCUGUACGUGGAGCACCUGCGUGUGUUCUGGCAGGAGCUGCUGGCGAGCGAGGAGCACGGAGAGGGCUUGAGUCCGCCGGACGCCCUGAGCUACGCCUUCCAGCGCCUGGACUCCGACCUCUCCCUGGAGGCACAGGUGCCGCUGGCCAGCGACCUCAUGCGCAGCACUGCCGUCCAAGCCGCCUUCGCCGGCAGCACCGCCUGCCUGGCCCACGUCACCACGGAUGGCGUGUACGUGGCCAACGCCGGAGACUGCCGCGCUGUCCUGGGGGUGCAGGAUGAGGACGGCAGCUGGAGUGCGGUGCCGUUGUCUCGUGACCACACAGCGCUGAACCCCGACGAGCUGGCACGCGUUCGGGCGCAGCACCCGCCAGCGGAGCGUGACACAGUGGUGGUGGACGAGCGGCUACUGGGCAUGCUCAUGCCCCUGCGCGCCUUCGGCGACGUGCGCUUCAAGUGGAGCCGCGAGCUACAGGAGAGCGUGCUGGAGAGCGGCGCCUCCUGCUGCGACCUGGAGGAACUGCACCUCUUCCAGUACUCCCCGCCAUACUACCUGACGCCGCCCUACCUGGAUGCGGCCCCCGAGGUGACCUUCCACCAGCUGCGGCCACAGGACCGUUUUCUCAUCGUGGCGUCCGACGGGCUCUGGGACGAGCUGGGCAACGAGGAGGCGGUGCGUCUGGUGGGGCAGCACCUGACCGGGGUGCACAUGCAGGUACCCGUCUCCGUGCGUGACCGCCAGCUCAGCCUCGGCCAGAUGCACCAGCUGCUGCUGCGACGGCAGGCACGGGCGGCACCUGCCCUGGACCAGAACGUGGCCACGCACCUGAUCCGCCACACGCUUGGCACCAACGAGUACGGCGAGCUGGACCAGGAGAGGCUUGCGGCCAUGUUGGCUCUGCCCAACGACCUGGCGCGCAUGUACAGAGACGACAUCACCGUCACCGUGGUCUACUUCAACCCCAACCUGCUCAAAACGCACCACGAUGGCAGUGGCUAAAACAGCCCAUCACGAUAGCAGUAGCCAAACCUCUGCAUAUAGUACACCUGUGUAGGGUUCACCUGGCAUCCCAGCUCAUGACGCCAUGUGUGGGACAACAUGCUCCAGGCGUGCUGGGAAUCAUCUGCAGACAGCGUGUUCAUGAAGCCCAGAUCAGGAAACCUGUUCAACUCCAGUGACAUGUACAUAGAUACUUGUGACUACUACCUUGGAGAUUAGUUACUGAGUUGUGCUUGAUACUGUAUCUUAUUGUGUACACCCUUUUUUCUAGGUUGCUUUUUUUCAGACUUAAAAAGUCAACUUUAGGUCCACCUAGGACCUAAGCUCUCUGAGGGUCCUAUAAAGGGAUUAAUGCAGCCUCAGCCUUACACCUGUGCUGUGCUGCAGUCUCAGACCCAGAGAGAGGCUCUUCAGAGAUACAGCCCUUACACACAUGCUUCUUCCCCAUACACACACACACACACACACACACAGAUACACCCCUACACACACACAGAUACACAUGCAUGCUCCCUCCCCAAAGAUACACACACACACACACACACACACACACACACACACACACUCCCUCCCCACAGAUACACCCUUACACGCCUAUCCCCAGAAACACCCCUACACACACACACACACGCAGAGAUACACCCCUACACAUGCAUGCUCCCUCCCCACAGAUACCCCUACUCAGUUACCCCUGCUCCCUCCCCAGCAUUGAAAGCUCCUGAUGGGUCCUCUUCAGCUGCAGCAGUCUACAGCCCCAUAUGCUGCAAACUAUAAGAUCUUCCAGGGCCCUGCAUUCACCACACAUGGGUAGCCAUACUACAUGUUAAUACAGUUUAACCAUUACAUGUGAAACUAGCUUAAUAGCAUUUACAUGUCUAUGCAGUUAAAUCAUAUGUGAAACCAGUUUAUUUGAAUUUCAUGUUAAUGCAGUUUACUGUAGUUGCAUAUGAAUAUGUGUAGCUUUUUAUGUUGUGUCGAUCACUGCCUCACUGAUGGAGAUUAAGUUUGUAUUAAGUCUGUUACAGUUUAUUUAAUUUAAUUUCAAGCAGUUAAAGACUAGUAAACAAAUCCUGACUUCA